ACACGCACACAUUAACACAUCAUUAUAAUAAUCUCCCUCAGAUCUAUUCGCCCAACACAAAAGAUUCCUCUUUCUGUUUCCUUUCAGAUCAUAUUACUCUCAGCUUCAAACUUCAAUUCACAAUUUGAACUGUUUAUUACCCUCCAACAGCUUGUUAAAGUUCCAAACUUUAGUAUUGUUUUUCAGAAAUAUGGAUGGUGGGUCAAGAGUGGAGAAAAGAGGGUAUGAUGAUGGUGAUGAAGAAGAAGAUGAUGGUAUGUCUCAAUCCAAGAAACCCAAAGUCCCAGGUUUAGCAAGUGUAAUUGUGGAAGCUCUCAAGGUUGAUAGCUUGCAAAGACUUUGCUCGUCUUUGGAGCCUCUUUUCCGCAGAAUUGUAAGCGAAGAAGUCGAGCGUGCGUUGACUAGAUAUGGGCAUGGUCAAAUUGCUGGAAGAUCUUCACCACCCCGAAUAGAAAACACAGAAGGAAAAGUUUUACAACUUCAAUUUAGAACACGAAUGCCACCUCAUCUUUUUACAGGUGGCAAAGUUGAGGGUGAGCAAGGAGCCGCUAUUCACGUGGUCUUAUUAGACGCAACCACAGGCAACGCAGUUCAAACUGGACCUGAAUCAUCAGCAAAACUGACUGUAGUGGUUCUAGAAGGUGACUUCAAUGAAGAAGCUGAUGAAAACUGGAGCGUUGACCAUUUCGAAAGUCAAGAAGUCAAAGCCCGUGAAGGGAAAAGACCUCUUUUAACAGGGGAGCUACAAGUAACCUUGAUUGACGGAGUUGGAACGCUUGGUGAUCUUACUUUUACUGAUAAUUCGAGCUGGAUUAGAAGCAGAAAGUUUAGGCUCGGUUUGAAGGUGGCUUCUGGAUAUUGCGUUGGAAUCAGAAUUCAAGAAGCUAAAACUGAGGCCUUUGCGGUUAAAGAUCAUAGAGGAGAAUUAUACAAGAAACAUUAUCCACCAGCAUUACAUGAUGAAGUUUGGAGAUUGGAUAGAAUAGCAAAAGACGGAGCAUUGCAUAAGAAACUAAUAAAAUCGCAAGUCAUAACUGUAGAGGAUUUCCUUCGUGUUCUUGUUAGAGAUCCGCAAAGACUCAGAAACAUUUUAGGAAGUGGGAUGUCCAAUAGGAUGUGGGAAAACACAGUAGAGCAUGCGAAGACUUGCGUUUUAGGCGGGAAGCUGUAUGUAUACUAUGCUGACUCAGCACACAACACCGGUGCUAUCUUUAACCACAUUUAUGAACUAACUGGUCUUAUUUCCGAUGGUCAAUUCGUCCCGUUGGAAUCACUUGACCACAAUCAAAAGAUUUCGGUGGAUUUGCUUGUGAAAAGAGCGUAUGAGAACUGGAAUAGAGUCAUUGAAUACGACGGUAAAGUCCUUAGUGCGUUAACCUUCCCCGCACCACCGGCUCACAACAUGAUCGAAUACCCGUUCAUAAGUCCUGAUCCAACGAUGGGUGUUCCAUCAAACACCGGCUACAAGCCCACCGGACCUUCUUUUGAUGUUCCGGGAGAUUGGUCGGACCCACAAGGACACGCGUUCGGAGACUCGUUCUCUAAGGAAGUUCGGUUGAGGAGUUCCGAGAUGUUGGAAACCGAUGACAUGCAGAAGCUGUUAAGAAGCUUUGGGGUUGGAGCCACCGGGCCUACUUUUGGUCUUUAUGACAAUGACGCAUACGGUUAUAAUAUCCCUCAUGAACCACAGGUGGCUCCGGUGUAUGCACAGGGUCACACACGUGGUUCAGGGAAGGCGGUUGUCGGUUGGCUCAAACUGAAGGCCGCGUUAAGAUGGGGCAUAUUUAUACGGAAGAAAGCCGCAGAAAGAAGAGCUCAGCUGGUUGAGCUUGAUUGACCAACUUCAUAUAUGUUGACUCAAGUGUGUACUUACUUAUUUGUGUACACUAAACUUGAUUUAUAGAUCUUUUUUGUUACCUAUAAUGAGAUGAUUUGAUCAGUUAUGUUUGCAUUA